AUCGAAAUAUAGUCUGCCGUGGAUCGUCGGACCGUUCAGUCUUUUUCCGUUCGAACAGUGUUCUCCGAUCUGUGAGGUUGCUCGCACACCUAUUUUUUAAUUCCUUUAAGUUACUAAAUCCAAAAACACAAAUCCAAAAUGGCUGAUGAUGAGAAGAAAGCAGCCGAUGCACCAGCACCCGCACCAGCAGCGGCACCCGCAGCCGCCGCACCAGCGCCCGCAGCAGCAGCGCCUGCACCGGCUGCAGCACCAGCAGCAGCAGCGGCCGCACCAGCCGCAGGUGCUGCACCCGCAGCAGGCGCUGCUCCAGCUGCCGCGGCCGCGGCCGCUCCCGCCAAGCCUGCCAAGCCACUUGAUCCCAAAGAGGAGGCAAAGAAGGCUAAACAGGCCGAGAUUGAGCGCAAGCGUGCUGAGGUGCGCAAGCGUAUGGAGGAAGCCUCCAAGGCUAAGAAGGCCAAGAAAGGUUUCAUGACACCAGAAAGGAAGAAGAAACUUAGGUUGUUGCUCCGUAAGAAAGCCGCUGAGGAGUUGAAGAAGGAACAGGAACGCAAAGCCGCCGAACGUAGACGCAUCAUUGAAGAGCGUUGCGGUAGCCCCAGAAAUCUCAGCGACGCCAGCGAAGAAACACUUAAAAAUCUUAUCAAGCAACACUAUGACAGGAUUUGUAAAUUGGAGGACCAGAAAUAUGACCUUGAGUAUGUUGUUAAGCGCAAGGAUGUUGAGAUCAACGAUCUCAAUGCCCAAGUCAACGAUCUGCGUGGCAAGUUCGUGAAACCAGCCUUGAAGAAGGUCUCCAAAUAUGAAAACAAAUUCGCCAAGCUCCAAAAGAAGGCCGCCGAAUUCAACUUCCGUAAUCAACUUAAGGUUGUUAAGAAGAAGGAAUUCACAUUGGAGGAAGAAGAGAAGGAGGAUCACGCCCCAGAAACACCAGCAUAAAAUCAUGAUGUACGAGCAAUUUGGCAACAUCGGAACGGGUGUUGCUUUCAGCAGAGAAGCGGCGCAGUUAGAACAAUACCAACAACAACAAAUAUUUUUAAAUAUAAAGUUAUAUGUUUAUUAAGUGAAAAGAAAAAAAAAUAUAUAUAUACAGAAACCCAAUUUUUAUUAUAUAUUAUAUUAUAUAGCAGUAACAACAAAAGCAACACCACCGAGCAAAAUAUUGGCAACUGGCAACAGCUACGGGGGGAAAGCGGCAUAAAUUUGGUAGAAGGCUUAAAAACAAGUGAUUUGCUUUGGAAGUAGACGCUCAGCGCUAACAUGCAACGGUGUCUACACUUACGCGCAAACAAUUAGCAUAAUAAAUUACACACAAAAACUAAUGAUAAAAAUCCCAACACAGAUGAAUUUAGUUAAAAAACAAAAAUUAUAAAAUAUACUCAUUUAUUAAUAAUGGCAAUUUAUCCUAAGAUCGAGUCGAAAGAUAUUUCGGCGUUUUGUGGUUUUGGAAUGGCAUCUUCUUUAAUUAUUCAAUUUCUAUUUGUAUUCAAUUGUUUUUAUUGUAAAUAUGGUUGACCACACCACAUUACAACAACUUACUGAAUGUAAAAAAGAGUUAAACCAAGCAAUAAAUGUGAAUUUACUAAAUUGUUGGCAAAGUACAACAAAAACAAA